AUGUCCAGAGAAAACUUCUUGCUUAAGUCUCUACCACUGAAUCAGAUAUGCCUCCUGUCGAACCACUGGAAUUGGAACUACCGGUGGUACCGGUGCCGGAGGUACUGGUACAGCUGUAGGUAUAAUGGGUAUCGCAUUCAGCUUGAUCCUAUAGUAAGAGAAGGGUUUGAUGUGGCCUAUGACAAUAUUAAUGCAUUUCAUGCUGCUCAAAGGAUUCCUGAGAAGGAGAUUGAGAAUAUGAAAGGGGUGAGGUGCAAAAGAAUAGCACGGUGCAUUGCAUCUAUUGGCCUUUAUGUUCCAGGGGGUACUGCAGUCUUACCCUCAACUGCUUUGAAGCUCUCGGUGCCUGCACAGAUUGCCGGGUGCAAAACCAUUGUUCUAGCAACUCCGCCUGGUCGUGAUGGCAGUAUUUGCAAGGAAGUGUUAUAUUGUGCAAAGAAAGCUGGCGUCACCCACAUUCUAAAAGCUGGGGGAGCUCAGGCGAUCUCAGCGAUGGCUUGGGGAACAUCAUCUUGCCCAAAGGUUGAAAAAUUUUUUGGGCCAGGAAAUCAAUAUGUUACUGCUGCAAAAAUGAUUCUUCAGAAUAGUGAAGCCAUGGUUUGCAUUGAUAUGCCUGAUGGCCCUUCAGAGGUGCUGGUCAUCGCCGAUAGACAUGCCAAUCCAGUUCACAUAGCUGCAGAUCUACUCUCUCAGGCAGAACAUGGUCCUGAUAGUCAGGUAGUUCUUGUCAUUGCUGGAUAUGGUGUCAAUGUUGAUGCAAUUUUAGCUGAAGUGAGCAAACAAUGUGAUAGCCUUCCUAGGGGAGAAUUUGCUUCAAAAGCACUUGGUCAUAGCUUUGUUCAUCCUCACGCGCGCGCCUCUCCUCUUCUCAUGCCGAUCUCACCCCUUCUCUUCUUCCUCGCGUCGCCCUCCCCCACCUCCACUACCGCCGGCAACGAGAUCCACCAGAGAGCAGUUGAAGGCCAUCUCAUUGGUGCCCUCUCCCAUCCCUCUUCUCCAUCACCGCCGCAUCUUCCCCGAGCCACCUCGAACGCCGUCGGCCUCUCCUCACGCCAGCACUAG